AAUGAUGUAUACUCUCUUAAUAACACUAAAAUCUAACAAGGAAACCUACCAAAACCAACUCAAUUAAACUAUCUAUCAUCAUUCAUCACAUUUAUAUAUACUUCAUAUAUUUCAUCUUACAACUCGAUAAACCAACCCAGUAACAAAUGGGAACAUAUAUACCAACCCAUUAUUCCUUUCUCCUUUUACUCAUAUCCAUCUCUUUCUCAGUGUACCUACUUCGGGCCGAACUUCCGGGCCAGUACUCCAUAACCGGGUUUGGAUAUGGACCCGAAGUUUUGCAGUCAGGGAAUUUGAUGACCCAGCUUUUCCAAGAAUGGAGGGAGAAGCAUGGGAAGUUAUACGAAAAAGAUGAAGAUAAGGUUAAGGCUUAUGAGAAUUUUAAACGAAGUGUUGAGUAUGUUAUUGAGAAAAACUCGAAUGAAAACGGGUUUAAGGUCGGGUUGACCCGUUUUGCUGAUAUGAGUAAUGAUGAGUUUAAGGAGAAGUAUUUUAGUAAGAAGAAGAGUCCUUCUGUUUUAGGUUCGAUGAUGAAUUAUUCGAGUCGGAGCUACGUUAGUAUGUGUGAUGCUCCACGGUCUUUGGAUUGGAGAAAGAAAGGGGUGGUUACUAAAGUCAAAAAUCAAGGUCAAUGUGGGAGCUGUUGGGCAUUCUCUGCAACCGGAGCCAUAGAAUCAAUCAAUGCAAUAAACACAGGAGAACUAAUAAGCCUAUCAGAACAAGAAUUAGUAGAUUGUGAUAGAAUUGAUGAUGGUUGUGAUGGUGGUAUUAUGCAAAAUGCUUUUGAAUGGGUCAUGGCUACUGGUGGUAUUGACACUGAAGAUGCCUACCCUUAUACUGGUGUUAAAAGUGCCUGUAUUGGUAGCAAGGUGGCAAACAAAGUGGUAAGCAUAGAUGGUUAUGAAAAUGUUGACAUAUCAGAAAGUGCUCUUUUGUGUGCUGUGGUUAACCAACCUGUUACUGUUGCUCUCCAAGGAUCUACAUUUGAUUUUCAACUAUAUUAUGGAGGUAUCUAUGAAGGUGUAUGUUCAAGCAACCCAAGUGACGUUGACCACGCAGUACUGAUAGUUGGGUAUGGUUCUGAAAAUGGAAAAGACUACUGGAUUGUGAAAAACUCCUGGGGAGAAUCAUGGGGAAUGAAUGGAUACAUGCACUUAAGAAGGAACACUAACUUACCCUUUGGUGUUUGUGGAGUUAACUAUCAAGCUUCCUAUCCAACCCAAAUCCCUUCUUCCCCUUCUCCAUUUCCUUCACCAUCUUCUCCUCCGCCGCCGCCGCCAUCGCCUCCUCCUCCACCACCACCACCACCACCACCACAUAUACCUCCUUUGCCGCCGAAACCACCAGUCCCACCACCUCCCAUUCCUACAAUAUGUGGUGAUUUUUCAUAUUGUCCACCAGGACAAACAUGUUGUUGCAUAUUAGAGAUUUUUAACUAUUGUUUCAUGUAUGGUUGUUGUGGGUUCCCUCAUGCUGUUUGUUGUGCUGAUGAUAACUCUUGUUGUCCUCAUGAGUUUCCUAUUUGUGAUACCCGUGCUGGAUUGUGUCUCAAGAACCCAGGAGACUUCCUUGGAGUGGCUGCAAAGAAAAAGGAGAUAGCAAAACUAAAGUUACCAUGGACUAACAAGUUUGAAGGCAGUGAGAAGAUAAAUACACAUGAACCUCUUCAGUUGGUGAAAAACCGGUUUGCUUCUAUGCGUUGAUAUAAUUGAAGUGAUUAAUAAAUAAUUAAUUAUAAUAUAGAAGUGUUAUGCAUUAUAUUUAAAUUUAGCCCCUAUUGUUAGUUAAACUCUUGGAGUAUUAUGUAUUUUCUGUUUUCCUUGUGUAAAAGUUCUUGAUUUUAAAACCUUGCAAUGAGAUUUUACCUUAUCUAAAAUAUGUUUCAUGCACAA